AUGUUCGGAAUUAAUCCUCAAUAUAAGAAAAUAGCCUUAGUCGUGAUUCUAAUAGGUUUUGCAAUGGGAAGUCAAAUUUUAUAAAUUCUGCUUGACAAAAAGAGAUUGAAAGAGUUGCUGUUCAAAUUUAUUGAAAAAUACCUCGAGGAGCCUAAGAAUGCUAAUGACUCACUAAAUCAAAUGAGAAUUACAUAAGUAAUAGAGAGGACAGAAUCAAUCAGUUCAACAGAAGGAAUCGAAAUCUAAUAAAUGUUUAGUAAUGAUAAGGAUCCCCAGAGGAUCAAGACUAAGCAAAUCACCAAGUCAUAAUUUAUACGCACUUAGCAGCCUUAUUUUACUGAUAAGAGCAGCAACAAUUCUUCAAGAGCUGGAAAUAGUAGAAGGGGAUCUAACUAUACUUCUGCUGAGGAAGAAGGUAGUUAAAGUGAUAAGAAUAACACAAGUUCAAUAAAAGCACCUUCUUCAUCAUUUAGUUCUGGAUAUAAAUUUCCAACAAAGAGUAAGAGAGAAAAAUCAAUAGAGGAUUAAAAUUCUGAUAAUAAUAUGGGUAUAAGACUACAAAGAUAGAACUCAGGUUCACAUCCUAAGUAAUAGUAGAACUAAAAUUCGUCCUUCUCAACAUAUCAAAUGGUAAAAACUAUAUAAUUUAUAGAUAGUAAUCAGAAUGAAGCUCCUACAAUAAAUACACUAAAGCAAUAGGAAAAUAAGAAUCAGCCAAGAAUGAAAGAUUCUCAAGUUUAGCAAAGACCUCUUCAAUAAUAAAAAUCAUAGAGCACAUAAAGAUAAUAAUAAAUUGCCAAUAAUGCUAAUAAAAUUAAUCCAAUGGAGUAAUGUAGGAACAUUUUAUCAAAACAAAGAAGAUCUAACAGUGUAUAUUAAAUGAGUCAGGGCUUCUUCUAGACCCUUGAAAUUAUCAAGGAAGACGAAGAGACUGAUUGA